AUGGUAUCAAAGUCGCUCUCCACACUAUGCUGCUCUGGUUCGCAUUUUGCGCUAUCUCAAAGGAACUUUGGUUUUUCUUCCAGUGCCCAUGAUUUUGCCUUGUUUAUCCGUAAGACGGAGUGCAGUACUAUUCUCCUUCUCCUCUACGUGGAUGAUAUGAUUAUCACUAGAGAUGACAUAGUGGGUAUUUCUAGUCUCAAACAGUUUCUCCAUCGCCAGUUUGAGAUGAAAGAUUUGGGUGCACUUAGCUACUUCCUUGGCUUGGAAAUUUCUCAAGAUUCCUCUGGUUAUUUUCUUACUCAGGCCAAGUAUACUUCUGAUCUUUUGGCUCCUGCUAGCCUUUCCGAUUGCAAGACUGUCCUUACUCCAGUUGAUCCUCAGACUCGUCUUACACCUCUUGACGGCCCCCUAUUUCAAUUUAUCGCUGUUCCUCGCUCUCCACACUAUGCUGCUCUGGUUCGUAUUUUGCGCUAUCUCAAAGGAACUUUGUUUCAUGGUCUUCACUAUUCCCCUCACUCUUCUCUACAGCUGCAUGCCUUUUCUGAUGCCGAUUGGGCAGGGGAUCCUACCGAUCGUCGUUCCACUACUGGGUUCUGCUUCUUCUUGGCUGCCACUAAUCUUUAUUGUGACAAUCAAAGUGCUAUUCAGAUUGCCCAUAACGAUGUAUUCCAUGAUCGCACCAAGCAUAUUGAGAUCGAUUGCCACUUCAUAUGA